AUGUCUUCUAACGACAACACCUCCUCCCUCAAAGCGGCUGUUGAUACUGCCACUGGCUACGUCCAGUCCGGUAUUGCUGCUGUGACUGGUAGCGCUGGCGACAAGGCCAAAGCCGACGAACACAAGAACAAGGGCGCUACCGAAUCUGACCUUUCCCACACGGCCGCCAAAGCAGGUCCGUUCGCCAUCAGCUCUUCUGGCGCCGCUGCCAAAGACAGCCCCGAACGCACCCAAGGCCAAUGGGACCAAACUAUUGGGAGCGCUAAAGAAGCCUUCGGCAACCUCGUCGGGAGCGAGGAUCUCAAGCAGAAAGGACGUGAACAGAAUCUCCAGGGCCAGGGCCAAGAGGCUAAGGGCCAACUGAGCGACCUCGGAAAGGGUGUGAGCGAUCGUGUUCAAGGGACUGUCGGCAGUGCCGUGGCGUCUUUGACUGGCGACCGCACGGAGCAAGCCAGGUAUAACGAAAUGCACGACGAAGGAAAGACCCGACAGCGCGGGGUUGAGUUGGACCUGGAUAAGCAGGCUGCUGCUCAGCAAAAAUAG